CCAAAACAUUCUCGCUGGUUUUCAGACUCCUCGGAAAACGCCUAAAAUCCGCGUGAAAAUGAAGGAAAACAUCUGUGAUAAGAUUGAGAACGAUGAAUUCUUCCAGAACUUCCUUCGCGACGGCGCCUCGAGUCAGACGGCGGAGGCCAGCCGCUUCUUCUCCUACACGGAGCAGAUCAACAAGCUGGCCGAGGGCCUGGACGCCCUGUCGACGGAGCUGCAGAGUCAGGUGCGAGAGCAGCACGGGGCGCUGCUGUCGCAGGCCAGCCACGCCGGCAAGCUGGACGGGACGCUGGCCGUGGUUCACGGGCACAUGGAGAGUCUCGUGGGCGCGGCCGGGCGGCUGAAGAGCCACGUCAACACGCCCUACGACGUGCUGGAGAGCAGGACGCGAGUCCUGGGGCGACUGCACGAGACCACGCACAUCCUGCGCCAGGCCGGGAUCUUCCUGCAGCUGUACAAGCGCCUCCUGGCCACGAAGGAGUUCGAGCGCCAGGCGACGAUCUUCCACGAGAUCGACUCGCUGAUCGAGGACGACGUGCUGAACAGCGUGCAGUUCCUCAAGGAGGAGAUCACGCACGUGCAGAGCAAUCGCCGCAAGCUGAUCACGCUGGCGGACAAGGAGCUGAACACGGCGCUGAAGAAUCUCAAUGUGGACACUGUUCAGCGCAGUCUGCAGAUCUUCUCCAAUCUGCAGAUCCUCCGGCGCUACAUUGACGAUCUCCUGGAGACGUUCAUCGGCGACAUUCGGCAGUCCAUCAAGGAGUGCUUCACGGCGCCGGAGACGAAGCUUCCGGGCGCACGCGAGGCGGAGCCGAAGGGCGCCAAGGCGGCCAUGAGGGCGCCUGGGAAGGCGCCAGCGCUCACCACGUCGCUGCACUUCCGCGCGAAGCUGUGGAACGCCCUGGAGUGGCUCUUCGCCGAGGAGAUCUUCAGCUUCAGCGCCCAGAUUCGCUUCCUGCAGAAGUGCGUGCGCAACAGCGGCCUGAUGGACGCCGACAUGGAGAUCGAGGCCCAGUGGUGGCGAGGAUUGCAGGAGCUGCUGAAGGCGUCCUUCAGCGCCUGUCCGCCGCACAUCGGGCAGUGCCUGCAGCAGGGACUGCCCAAGCUCGUGGCGGAGACGAAGAGUCUCUUCACGAAGCUGCAGAUCGAGUCGCCCUUCCGCGAGGACAUCUACCAGUCGCUGGAGACGGGCUUCCUGGAGAAGUGCGCCAGCAAUCUCAAGGCCGCCAUCGCGGCGACGGAUCUGCCGUCGGAGGACACGCUGGACGCCCUGAUCCGCGCCGCGGCCACGGAACUGGGCACGGCGAUUGUGGAUCAGCGCCUGUGCGACAUGGUGACCAGCGUCGUGAUGUCCUGCAACAGGGACGUGUGGAACAGGCUGGAGUCCAGCAUCAAGCUGGGCACGGACUCGAAGCAGAUCGUGGACAUUCCCAACUCCGCCCAGAUCCAGAACACCACCAUCGCCAACCUCAUCAGCUACCACGCCGAGGCGGUGAAGCGUCUGGUGGACAAUCUGGGCGCCACAUUCGCCUCGUCCGGCAGCGCCAAGCGCCUCCUGGACAACCUCAACAUCGGCCAGAACCUCGUCCUGGCGAUCCUCCAGCAGAUCUUCGACUCCAUCGCGUCCGCCGUGCACGACAUCAUGAUCUCCAUGCACCGCGAGCCCGCGCUCAACGUCAGCACGUCCUCCAGCGUGUCGCUGUACAUGAAGGAGCUGCAGGAGUUCCUCUCGCGCGUCUGGGGCGCUCACAUUGGGCCCUUCGCCGACAAGGACACCGUCGCCAAGUGUGGCCGCGAGCUGGCCAGCCGCUGCAUCGAGCUGUUCAUCCGCAACGUCGCCAUCCUGCGUCCGCUGUCCCAGAUCGGGCGCAACAAGAUCCGGAUCGAUUGUCAGCAUCUGGAAGUGGUUCUCGUGGCGAUUGUGGGCGAUCUGGCGACACUGGGAAAGCCCUUCCGCGCCAUCAGAGCCUUCAACACGAUCCUCACGCUCACGCCCAAGCAACUCUCCGAACACUCCAUGGAUCCGGACAAUCCCAUUCCCUCCUACAUCGUCUUGUUGAUGAUGUUCAGCUUCGCGGGAACGGAUUUGACGAGUCCCAACGUCACAGCCGGUUGGUCCAAUGAGAAACUGAUGCAGUGGCUCGAUGGGCACACAUCAAAUCGUGAGAGACUUGAGCUCAUUUCCGGAGCUCUGCACAAGUACAGAAACACUGUGAGACAGAAGAACAUCACCCAGUACGAUCCUGUCUAUCCCCUGAUCGCGUCUGGACUGGAGAAAGCCCAGCAGAGCCUCUGAGAACACAGGAAGAGCCCCAAAUCCCGGAAAUGGGGUUAUGUUGAAGUAUUCAAAAUAUCGCGCGCUCUCCAACUGUCAAUAAAGUAAGGUUAA